CCCCCCGGAGCCACCUCCCCUCCCCCAACCUCAGUGCCCGCCCCGGGGAGCUGCAGAGGCUGCGCUAUGGGGGCCUGUCUGGGGGUCUGCUCGCUUCUCAGCUGUGUGUCCUGCCUGUGUGGCUCAGCACCAUGCCUGCUCUGCGGCUGCUGCCCCUCAGCCAAGAACUCCACCAUCUCCCGUCUGCUCUUCACCUUCUUCCUCUUCCUCGGUACGCUGGUCUCCAUCAUCAUGAUCAUCCCUGGGGUGGAGAAGGAGCUGCACAAGCUCCCAGGUUUCUGCAAGGGCAGCGACUCAGUGCUGGGGGUCCAAGCUGACAUCGACUGCAGUGGUUUCCUGGGCCACAAGGCCGUGUACCGCAUGGGCUUUGCCACAGCUGCCUUCUUCUUCCUCUUUGCUGUGCUGAUGGUGUGUGUGCGCAGCAGCAAGGACCCGAGAGCUGCCAUACAGAAUGGCUUCUGGUUCUUCAAGUUCCUGCUGCUGGUGGGGCUCACAGUGGGGGCCUUCUACAUCCCUGAUGGCUCCUUUACAUCAGUUUGGUUCUACUUUGGCGUGGUCGGCUCCUUCCUCUUCAUCCUCAUCCAGCUCAUCCUCCUCAUCGACUUUGCCCACUCCUGGAGCCAGCUGUGGCUGCGCAAUGCAGAUGAGAGCAAUGCCAAGGGCUGGUAUGCAGCCCUUUGCACUGUCACCUUCAUCUUCUAUGCUGCCUCCAUCACGGCCAUUGCUUUGCUCUAUGUCUACUACACCAAACCCCAGGGCUGCACGGAGGGCAAAGUCCUCAUCAGCAUCAACCUCAUCCUCUGUGUCAUCAUCUCGGCCGUAUCCAUCCUGCCCAAAAUCCAGGAAGCUCAGCCACACUCAGGGCUGCUGCAGGCAUCUCUCAUCACCCUUUACACCAUCUUCAUCACUUGGUGUGCCCUGGCCAACGUCCCCACCCAGGAGUGUAACCCCACACUGCUGCUGAGAAACAGUACUGGCUCAGCUACAACCACACAGACACUGACAACAUGGUGGGACGCACCGAGCAUUGUGGGGCUGGUGGUCUUCAUCCUCUGCACGCUCUUCAUCAGCGUCCGCUCCUCAGACCACACCCAGGUCAAUAAGCUGAUGCUGACGGAGGAGAGCGGGGCUGGAGCUGGGACUGAGGCAGCAGCAGAGAGUGGGGUGCACCGAGCCUACGACAACGAGCAGGAGGGCGUCACCUACAGCUACAGCUUCUUCCACCUCUGCCUCCUCCUUGCUGCCCUCUACAUCAUGAUGACCCUCACCAACUGGUACAGGCCUGAUGACAGCCUGCAGGUGCUGUACAGCCCCUGGACGGCCGUGUGGGUGAAGAUCAGCUCCAGCUGGGCUGGGCUGCUGCUCUACACGUGGACGUUGGUGGCCCCCCUGGUGCUGCCAGAGCGGGAUUUCAGCUGAGCACUGCUGCAGGGUCCCCUCCUUGCCCAGUGCCUUACACCUAGACUUGAGUUUUGCAUGUGGGUUUUGUGUCUUCUUGCAGGUUUUCCAUUUUAAUUUAAAAGGGAUAAAGUGCCAAGCAGGGACAAUCAGCGAAAGGACUGAGAAUGACAUGAGGAUUGCUGUAAAGCUCUUCUCCCCCUGUGCUUGUCUAGUGCCUUCAGCAGUGCCUCCAGCCCCUCCUCUUUCAGUGUUUGGAGGGAGUUGCAGAGGCCGCUCUCACCUGCCUUGGUGUCCUGGGACUGUGGUGCCUUUUGGCUGGUGACAAGGAAGCAGGACUUGGCACCAGGCGCUUCCCCAGGGAGCCCUGAGGACAGCCAUGCUGGGGGCUGAUGUUGCUUGUGCCCCCUGAGCUUUGGUGGCUGGGUGGCUCUUGCAGGGCUCCCCCUGCCUCCUGCAUAAAGUUUUGUUUGGAAAAAAGCCCAGACACCCUUGUGUUCUCUUGGGGUCUCUCCUCACGUGCGUUCAUGGUGGCUGCACAGUGGGACAUCGCCUGCAUUGUGCGUGCUCUGUGCAUCACCUUGCAUCCUGCAACCUUUGGUCUGCAUCUUGCAUCCUUCCUCCUGCAUCCCAGUACUCUUCAGCCUGCUCUGUGCACCCUGCAGCCUUCACCCUACAACCUUCAUCCUGCAACACACAUCCUUCAUCCCUACAUCCUUCAUUCUGCAUCCUACACCCUGCAUCCUCUUGCAUCCUUCUUCCUGCAUCCUGGCAUCCUUCAGUCUGCAUUGCACACCCUGCAGCCUGCAUCAUCCAUCCUGCACCUUGCAGUCUUCACCCUGCAUCCUUCAUCCUCCAUCCUAGCAUCCCACAUAUCACAUCCUCUUAUCCUUGCAUCCUUCAUCCUGCAUCCUCCGUCCUUCAUCCUGCAUCAUCCGUCCUUGCAUCUGCCCCCCUGCAUGCUCCACCCUGCAUCCUUCAUCGUACAUCUUGCAUCCUGCAUCCUUUUCCCCUGCACCCUGUAUCCACACAUUGCAUCAUUUCUCCCACACUUCUGCAGCCCCUGGAACGUGCAGGGCUGCACCCCAGGGACAAGCUGUGCACCG